AAAAUAAAGGAAAAGUUAUCAGGUGUAAAAAAAAUAAAAAUGUCAAAAAAAGAAUUUUUUCCGAAAGCUCAACAAACAUAUUGAGAUACUUUAAAAAUGUCGAUAUAAAUAACAAAGAAAAAACGGAACUUCAUACCCAUUGUGCUACAGAUAAAAAUGCACAAAAUAGUUUAGAUGAUAAAACGUUUAGAGAUGCUAACAGUAAAUUUUAUGCCCAUGGAAAUGGUGAGAAGCAUGCUGAUGUACAUAACGAUAUUUAUUACGGCGAAAAUAAUGUGCACUCAGAAGAGGGGGGGAACCGAAAAAGGGUUAGGAGUGUAAAUUACGAAAACAAAAUGUCAAACGAAGGAAAAGUGAAAUGUGAAUAUGUUCACAAUAAUGCCAAAUUGAAUUGUAACUACGAGGAAUAUUUGCAAACUGCUUAUCUAUAUUGUAAGAAAUAUUUCAUGUACCGUAAAAUGGAAUUCUUUAGCAAGUAUUUGUUUUACCGCCAGAAGAGCAUAAAAAAUUUUAUUUUCCUUAUUGAAGCCCUAUUUUUGCGAAAAAAAUACAUAGAUUUGUUGUACAUGCUGCAGCGUUACAAGCGGUUGUGGGUAUUUUUUUACAAAGGCGCAAAGACAAAGCGGGCAGCGGAAAAAAAGAACAAUGCGCGGAACAAAAUCGAAAUGGGGUACAUAUCAACGAAGGGAAAAAAUUCUAAAUGUGGAAAAAAUUGCACUAAAUUGAUUUCUCAUAAAUACAGAAAGAGUAUAUUUUUUAAGGUAACUGUGCAAAAUGACCCAACACCCCCUACAGGGGAAAUCUGCGACGUGGAGCAUAGUAAUGUUUGCAAUAUUGAAAACAGCAAAGUACACAAAUUAAAAAAAAAAGAAGAAAAAACGCAUACACACAAAAUGUGUAACACGGAAUUGUUUUGUAAACAUAAAAAUAAUUAUGAAGUGAAUAAUUCCACUGGAGACGUCAUAAACUGGGGGAAAACAUGUAAAAGGAAAACUUGCAAUAAAAUAUACUGCAUAUGCUAUGUGGCCUUUGUAAAAAUUAUGUCGCUCAUCAGAAUGCAAAAUCAGAACUGCUUAAACAAAUGCGUGAAUUUUAUACAAAAAAUAAGUAAAAAAUGUUUGCUAAAUAAGAAUGGUCAUUAUUUAACCCAUGCAGUUAUUCACUUGUACGAAUUAGCAGGUUUGUAUAAUUACGCCCUGAAAUAUUCAAUGCUGCUAUUUUUGAAGUAUCCUGUGUAUCCUCAAAUUAUUCUGAAACUCUUCAGUUUUUCCAUACUAAGCUUAAAAGAUGAAAUUUAUUUAAUUUUACUAGCCAACAAAGUCACAUUGUACGAUGCGUAUGUGUACAUUGCGCAAAAUAAAUUUUCAGAUUAUUUUCCAAAAAUUUUCCUAUAUUCCAAAUUGCACAUAAUAAUAAAUAUCAAAAGAAGUUUUUAUGAACAAAAUUUUUCCAUGUGUUAUAGUUUAAGUAAACUGUUAUUGAUGGAUCAUAUGUAUGACUCAUCAGUAGUAACAUUUUUUGUUAACUCUGCUUAUUUAUUAAAAAAAAUUGGCGCUAUAAAACGAUUGGCUCAAGAAUUAAAAACGAACAAUCGAAGAAUUUAUUUUCUCUUUUGUAAUGCAGCUUUGUUGUUACAUUUUAAGCAAAUCGAACGAUCUAUUCAAAUAUAUAAAUAUAUUGUGGACUCUUAUCAGAACAUUUUUUCUGAUCUCUAUUUUUAUUCCUUGUUUAAUUUAAUAUAUGCCCUACAAUUAACACAAAAAGCGCAUCAAAUUGUUAUUUUUUGUAAAAAUUUAAAUAAGUUAUUUUUUAAUAAUAUACAUUCUUAUAUAUUACUAUCAUACUACUAUUUUGUAAAUGACAUCCCCACCAAGUGUUAUGCCUCCCUUAGGAGGGCCCAUGACAUAUAUCGAUAUCACCCUGAUACGUUUUACCUCCUUUCUUUACUCGCGCUACAGGCUAAAAGGUACCAAGAAUACGGCGCCUUUAGCGAACUGGCUCUUUUUUUCAGUUUAAGGAACCGAAAUCUCAGAAACUACGUUUUUUCCAACAUUUAUAGAAAGCAACAUAAGUAUGUUCCCUCUUAUUUGUUAAGCUAUCAUUUGGAGAUAAUUGAUUCCGACAGAAGCAAAACUUUGGGCAUCCUCAAUUUAAGCUCCCUAUUGAAUUACGUGUACUUUGAGGGGCUAAUAAAAUCAUACAUUAUACUUCACUUUUGUUCGGCAAAAAGGUAUGCAGAAAGAGUGCUAGAGU